CUCUCUCUCUUUUCACUGACCGUUCCUCUUCUAAUCUUCGAUCAACGAUGGCUGCUGACGUCGGCGAGCCCCAUAUCGAGAUCUCGGACGGCGCGGCCCCCUUAACGGAUUCGGAUCCGCAACCCGACCCGAUUCGGGAUCCUAAGGGUAUAUGCAGAGGAAUCACAAAUGAAGAAGUCAAAGAUCGGGCAGCAGAUGUCUCAGAGGCAUUAGACCAGGAUUUUGAGGUAGCUGGUUCUUCUGGUUUAAACAGUGGUAGUCAAAGUGAUCACCACGUAUCCAUUCACACUGAAGAAGCACUAACAGAUUCCAAGCAUAACCAUGAUCUGUCUGAAUCUGAUAGCUCAGGAAAAAAUAAGGCCCUCAAGAAGCCAGAUAAAAUACUGCCUUGUCCUCGCUGCAACAGCUUAAACACCAAGUUCUGCUAUUAUAACAAUUACAACGUUAAUCAACCAAGGCAUUUUUGUAGGAAUUGUCAGCGGUAUUGGACUGCAGGUGGUACAAUGAGAAAUGUUCCUGUUGGUGCUGGAAAGCGGAAGACAAAACAUUCUCUAAAGCAACAGAAUCAUUCUGGAGGUGCUUCUGUGUCUAUAAAGCCUCUAAUGGGAAAUGAGGUUGUCAUGAAAUUUGGCCCAGAAACACCAUUAUGCAAACCUGCGGCCUCCGUGGAAAUGGCCUUUGUUUCUGUUGGAGAGAAGGGCAAGGAACCCUCUCCCUCCUCUUCUAUUACUCCUAGUUGUUCUGAAAAUGAUUUCCCUAAGCUCGAAGCUCACAAAGACCAAAAUUGUCCUCCUGUUUGUGGCAGUGGGCUCCGUCCUUUGCAUCCUCUACAGGGUUUUCCAGGGCCACCAUGGCCUUACUUCUUGGGCCCAGAAUGGAACAAUAUUGCUGCCAUGGCAGCAAGCAACUGCUCUUUUGAGAAUGGCAGUCCAAACCCUCUUCCAUGGACCCCGCCAAUGAUUUUUGCUGCUCCAGCUUUAUGCACAUCUACUGUUCCCUUUCCUUUCAUGCCGCCUUCAUUCUGGCCCUGCACAACAAGUUGGCCAAAUCAAGCAUGGAAUGUACCAUGGAGUGGCUCUAUCAAUGGCUUGUCACCAUUCUCAUCUGCUAUAACUAAUAACAUGUCUUCAGACAAUGAUCCUCCUACACUGGGCAAGCAUUCUAGAGAUGGUAGCUUGGAAGGGGAGAAUAAAACAGAGAGAAAGUCUUUAUGGAUUCCUAAAACUUUGAGAAUUGAUGACCCAGAAGAGGCUGCUAAGAGCUCCAUAUGGUCCACACUUGGCAUUAAGCCUGAUGAGUCGAUAAAAAGGGGCAGCCUUUUUCGAGGUUUCCAGUCCAAUAAUGAAAGUCAUGCUUCAUCCACUGCUGCUAAAGUUUUGCAAGCCAAUCCUGCUGCCUUAUCUCGCUCUCAGACAUUUCUUGAGAGCACAUAAGCAUGUGACAUCUCAUAGAGAGAUACUUAUUCUUACUUCAAAAGCACAAGAAACAUUUUUAGUGCAUGUAAUUUGCUGGUUAAAGCAUUUGGUGACUUUUUAAUACAGCCUGUUGUAGAGCUUCGUUAUGCUGUCACGUAGUUGUUGGGGAUGAAUUGGCCAGGUUUGUCAAGUUUCCUUAAACUGUAGAUGGAGUUCUGUAAAUAGUAGGUGCAGGUGAUGUUUAUAGUUUGAAUGAAACAUAGUUUUAUUUCUCCUCUGGUGAUUAUGGUGGAAGCUAAAGAUCUGAUUUCUGAGUUCUA